GACUUGGCGGCGCGGGUUGGUCAGUGUGCCACAACCAUGGGACGGGAGAGGAGUUACUACACAGUUGGCUUGUGCCUCGCAGUACUCGCUAUCGUCACAACAGGUGGCGAGGCUGCAGGAUACUAUGGGGUGCGGAUGGGCAGUCUGGUACCCCUACAGCAUCAGGUGAAAGGGGAAAUAUAUGCUGUUGACUCUCGCACCAUCCACAUCAGAGGAUUUUCCUACGACGGUUCUGCUCCAGAUGCCUUCUUCUACGGUGGUACGAGCGGCCGCCCCAGUGACAGAGGCUUCAUCAUCCCGGACGAGAACGGCGGGACUGAUCCACUGGGCCGCUACAGCAAUCAGGACGUCACCCUCACUCUGCCGGAGGGAAAAACACUGAAGGAUCUCAAAUGGCUCUCUGUGUGGUGCCGCGCCUUCGCUAUCGACUUCGGGCACGUGAUGGUGAACAGCAACCUGAACUACCCUCGGCCACAGAAGAUCGACGCACUACCCUCCCUGGAACACGGUGUCUCCUCCGACAGGAUCGUGGUGGUGGACGCCCAGACCUUCCUCAUCCCCAACUUCAGUUAUGAUGGCACUGCCCCAGAUGGUCACUUCUGGGUUGGCAAAGGUUCGACCCCUGGUCCCUCAGGCCAGGUGGUCCCUGACGAGAAUGGGUCUGAAGAGCCCCUGAAGCUGUACUCCGGCAAGACGAUUGUCAUUACCCUACCUGGCGACUUGACUGUCUUUGACAUCGACUUUUUGGGUGUGUGGUGCCGCGCCUUCUUGGCAGACUUCGGUCAUGUCCGCAUCCCGAGAAAUCUCAAUGUGCCGCCCUCCCUCAAGAUGUUGGGCGUCGCCCCUCAGACAAAGCUCAACUGCGAGGUGCUAUGGGACGACCUGGCCCUGGAGGUGCGUUGGGCUGUAGCUGGAGAGAGCAUUGUGAUGCAGCUGGUGGGCCGGAUCACUGACGGGCAGUACAUGGCAUUCGGCACAUCGGGAGAGCUGACGAGGUCGGUGAUGAUAGGUGGUGACGUGGUUGUGGCUUGGCUUGACCAGCUGACAGGACGAGGUGUGGCUGAGGACUACUACAUGUCGGCCAAGGCACAGUGUCAGGGUGGCCAAGGGGCGUGUCCUGACAACAAAAUCACCGGCAGCAGUAACAAUGUGCGCCUGCUGAACGCUGCCCUCAUCAACGACUUCACUAUGUUGACCUUCCAGCGCCCUCUCCGCUCUGUCGACUUCUCAGACGCCCCCAUCCUCACUAACGGGUCACAAGCGGUCAUCUGGGCUGUGGGGCCUGUCAACUCCCAAGGCGACACCUCCUACCACACCCUCCGCCUCAGAGGCGACAUGUUUGUUGACUUCGGGCGAACUCCACAGUGGAAUUGUCCCUUGCCUGAGGACCAGAACAGCCAGAGCAAGACUUCUACCUCCAGGGGCCCCACCAACCCUGCCCCCGCCCGCCCUGCUGCCAACCCUUGGUUCAUCCCCCCCAUUCCCUGUUAUGAGCCGGAAGACGGUGUCCUCUACGCUCAGAUUGGCCCCACUGGAGGAGACAACGGCUAUAACGCUAUCACUGGUCACGUCGGAUGGGGCAUCUCCUGGUACAUCAACGGGCUCCUCAUCCCAGAGAUAAACGUGGUGCGGGGCAAGACCUACACUUUUGUGGUGGAGGGCGGCUUCGACCCUGAGCGUCCCUCCCGCUAUCACCCUUUCUACAUCACCGACGACCCCGAGGGAGGCUACGAGUUCAAGACCCCGGCAGAGCAAUCUCGUGUUAGGGUGUUUGCGGGGGUGGGGCAGGACCGGGACGGUAGCCCUGUACCCACAGCCUACGGCCGCCUUUGUGAAUGGAACGAAGACCCCAACCAACCCGCCAAUGCCUUCAGUUCCUUCGGUGCCUACCAAAGAACCUUACAGCUCGACUGCCAAGAGGGACAACCAGGCAUACUACAGUGGACUCCAGAUGCGGCUACGCCAGACACUGUCUACUACCAGUGUUACACUCACCGUUUCCUUGGCUGGAAGAUCCAUGUUGUGGACAGGUGCGACUCAGAGCAGCUGACAGCGGCAGGGUCUGUGAAGGACUCUUCUGUAGUGCUGCCCGGGGCCUCAGACUACGACUUCUAUGACUAUUACUAUGACGAGCGAGACGCUGGGGCUGCCCCACACCCAGGGUUUCACCGCCCGCCCAUCGGCCACACCUCCAACAGGAUUCCUGGAGGAGGUGUUGUCAAGCCUCCACGACCAACUGUGACGAGACAGCCUAGACCUCAACCCAAGCCAGCAGACGAAAUACUUCCUGGAGAUUUCUCAUUUCCAAAUUUUCCCAAAGAGUUCCAAGCCGGAUUUGAUAGCUUCCCUUUUGACCUGGGUCCUGAAGACAUAGGUCCGGUAGGUCAGGAGGCACUCCCGCCGCCGCUGCUCCAAGGAGUUAGCUACUCCCCACAAAAUAUACCUCUGGGAGCACCAGGAUUUACAUUCCCCAAGCUGCCUAAUCUGAAAAACCCAGCAAGUGUAGUUAAUGCCACAGCAUUUGCUAACCUUGGGAAUGUCAACUUGAGAGGUGUGCCAAGAGAUGUCCCUAAAGAGUUCUUUGGACCACAGCAGGGUGACUUGGAGUUUCCAAAACUUAGCCAAGACGACAUGAACUUCCCACUGGACCUACUUCGUGAGAAAUUCCCGUCCUCCCCGGGACCAACUCGACCAGCAACGCGUCCUACAUUUUCCUCCAUCCCCUCAAAACCGCUAUUCACUCCUCCUCCUAAGUUUAACUUUCCUCCAGAACUCACAAGGUCUUCCAGGCCACCAACCUCCUCAAAUGCCACCUCCCAGUUCUUUGCUGGCUCAGCCACACCACCAAGGACCUCGACCACCAUUGUCUCUGAAAAAGCGCCAUUAAACCCAAAAGAAGACGUCCGGGACACAUUUCCGGCACAGCCAUCGAUGUUCACGAAGACUGUUGCUUCCUAUCAGCCACCACCAACACGAUCCUCAACACCUGCUAGACAUCCCCUACACAAUCCACCAACUACACCUUCAAGAAAGCAGACAUCAUACAGACCAACACCUACCAGUCAACCGACAUCAUACAGACGAACACCUACCAGUGAACUGACAUCAUACAGACCAACACCCACCAGUCAACCGACAUCAUACAGACGAACACCUACCAGUGAACUGACAUCAUACAGACCAACAUCCUCUGAGAUAUCAAAAUCAUAUAGGCCAACAACCACUGAUCAGGCAGCAUCGUACAGACCAACACCCACUGGUCAGCAGACAUCAUACAAACCGACACCUACCAGGCAGCCAAUAUCGGCAAACCCAACAUCUCCUUUCAAACAGUCAUCAUUUACUCGACUGCAGACGCCCAUUACUCCAAUUGUUCCCUCCCGGCAUGUCGGAACCUCCAGGCCUCUGGUGCAAACGUCGCACCAACAAUCUCGCCAUGAGCCAGAGGUUAUAACAGCAUCUUCACUGCCUCGACUUCCCGGUCAAGCAUCGCCUGUCUACCAACUGUCCUCCCUCAGCAGACAACAUCCCAUCAGAAGGGGCCUAGUCACUACCUCAGCACCUGCACGCACGACACUGUCACCUAUUACUACCUUGAGUGAGAGUUUUGCUCAGAACUUUGGUUUCGACCCGGAAUCUGUUGUUUAUGAGUCUGACUUCCGUCCCAUUAAGAGGAACCCUGCUGGUCCUGUGCUGGCUUUUGAAGUGUCAACGUCCGAUAUCAUGCCCAUCCGUGCACCGCGCCCACCCUACCCCCCUCGGCUGUCGUUCCCACAACGACCUGCUGGCCCACGUACCGCUGGCCCCGUAAGGUUUUCCCACAGACGCAUCAGAUUUGAUGACACAGACGAAUCGCAUGACAAAGACUCUAGAAAUAUCCCUGAAGAAUAUAUUUUCAACAUCCCAAACCCUGUCUUCCAUGACUCCGUGACCUUUAGCGAGAGCCUUGACCCUCCCCCUAUACCCUUGCCAGUACCAAUGGAGCACGUAAUGCUGCGCCUGGGAGGAGCUGCAUCUAACCGUCCUCUGCGCCCUAACACACCUAAACCCCGACCAUUUAACAGAAAAACUAAUAGCUCACAGAGACGAAAUGGUUCAAGAAGACCUAAUGGGCCGGUGAGGUCGUCGGGGAGUGUGAAUCGAAUGGGAUGGCCCAAACAAAGGCCAUGGGUCCAUAAGCCGUCCUUACGCCGCGUGGCAGCCACGGUUCCACUCCCUGACGACCAUGCCAUCCCUUUCCCACAACUUGUUGGACCUGAAGUUCUCAAACCAGUACUGGUCAACUCCCCUCUAGAACACGACGAUGAGGACAUGGUGGUAGCUGCCUCAGCCCAGGUGUUUACAUCGGACGGUCGGCCUCUGUCCCCCGACAGCCUGCCAACGCCACCUCGGCUUCCAACCGACAAUCGACGUUCUGCAGCUUCCAUUACCAACCGUCCCAAAACUGGGCCUUUCCGCGGGGAUCACCCACCCCCUGUGCCAGCAAAUGUACCUCAUCUGGCACAGUUCUCCCGCCAGCAACGUCCCUUAGACCGCCGCCCCACAACUCCUGUGCCUCCUCCACAAGGUAAUCAAACCCCUGGAAUUAUCGCCUCGGGGAGCGCCAUUCGGCCAGUAGUGUUACACAGUCAAGAUGAUCCUCCGGUCCCCGCAGCCCUCCUGACUCACCAGGAACUGUCUGCUGAUGUCGGACAUAAUGCAGUCGUGUCCAUCAGUAAUUAUCCAGCAACAGCUGAAGCUUAUGCCCCGUCACGACCUCCCACAACAUCUCGCCCCGACACUGCAGCUUCUUCAGCAGCAACCAACCAGACACACUUAACCAUCCUAAAGGAUGUGUGGGCUAUCCUGACCCGUGAUGAUCCAGGCCUGAGGCCAGAACACCCUCGGGACGACGCUCACCCUGACCACGACCAUGACCACCUGGAUCGCCAGGAGCGAAGGAGACGUGAUGCUAGUGAAAAACCAUAUCCUUCAACUAACAGUGACCAGCAUGACCCCAUGUCAGCAUCCAGUGUCAGCACCAUCUCUUCUCUUAUCCUCGUUUCCUGUACUGGUGCUCUUAUAUUAAUGGCGCUAGCAAGGUAGAAAAACGUCCUCCUGAGUUCAGUAAACUGAACAUUUCAAGGCGAUAUUUGACUCUUAUACUGAAAGUUGAUCAUGAACGAUUGGAUACUUUCAGGAAUGAUAAGUGCUAGAAUUUGUUCCUUCACUUUAGCCUACAUGGUUAACUGUGACAUUACAAAGCAGUAGUCUUCUAACCCUCCGACAUAAGUACUGGUGUCACUAGUGCUGUAACAGACACUGGGAGGACCAGUAGUCGUCCUUCAUUACUAAAAACAGGAUUCUUUUGAGUGAUAUGUUCCCUAGGUUUAUAUAAUCAGGGCUUUAUAGAAGAAUAAAACUGUUUAGUGCAAUAUAUAAACCGGUAGUGGCAGGUCUAUACUUAUUAAGAAAAUAAGAGACUGUAAAUAGUGCAAUUUAUUAAUUUCGAGCGACCUAAGUUGAUUGUUACUGCUUUCUAAACACUUUUGUAUUGUUAGUUUUUUUAUGUUGAAUAUUUCAUUAGCUCUAAAACAUAUGCUUGUUCGAUUUUUUUGCAAGUUGUUUUAUUUAAUUUGGAAUUUUGUGAAUCGUGAGGAAAGACAUUUACUUCCUGCGAGUCUCCAGAGUGGUCACUAGAGUCCACACCUGUAGGAAUGUGUCCAUAUAAUACUCAUCUACACCUGCCUCCACACCCGUCUUACAACUUCCCUCGCCCGUCUACAUUUACAAACUUGUAAGGUUUAUGGGGAACUUGCAAUAGAGUAAAGUUUAAUGGUAGCUUGAAACGGACAGGGCGUGGUGGAUGCGACACACACACACACACAUAUCAUCAUGUCUUGUCAUCCCAAAUACAUGACUCACAGUUCCUCCAUCACUUUAAUAUUUUUGUUUUAGUGUAAGUUCCCCAAAAGACUCGUCAAACAGAACGCCCCCCCCCCCUCCCAUGUCUCUUAAUGCCCAAAAGGUAGUCAAAACCCCUCUUUUAUUUGGUGGACGAUAGGACACUUGGUGGGCAUUGUACAAUUUUUCCCAACUACUCAAGUCAUCAUCCACCCAGGAUUUAUAGAUUCCAACGGCUCAGAGCUACACAGUAAUCCUACUCCUGUUCCGUGUAAUGUUGACGUACGUGUGUGUGUGUUCUUGUGUAUGUUCCUGUGUGUGCAUGUUUAUGCAAGUUCGUGAUUGCAUGUGUAUGCAAGUUCGUGUGUGUGUGUGUGUGUGUGCGCGUAUGUUUGUGUUCAUGUGUAUGCAUGUUUGUGUGUUUGGUGAUAUGUAAAUAAGUAAUUUGCAUCCUAAGUAAUGCCACUUAGAUGCCCUGAGUAAUACGACUCAGGGAGCGUCACCAUCGCCUUGGCUGCCCUGAGUAAUGCAACACGGAGCGUCACCAUCACCUGGGCUGCCCUGAGUAAUGCAACACGGAGCGUCACCAUCAUCUGGGCUGCCCUGAGUAAUGCAACACGGAGCAUCACCAUCACCAGGGCUGCCCUGAGUAAUGCAACACGGAGCGUCACCAUCACCUGGGCUGCCCUGAGUAAUGCGACACAGGGAGCGUCACCAUCACCUGGGCUGCCCUGAGUAAUGCAACACGGAGCAUCACCAUCACCAGGGCUGCCCUGAGUAAUGCAACACGGAGCGUCACCAUCACCUGGGCUGCCCUGAGUAAUGCAACACGGAGCGUCACCAUCACCUGGGCUGCCCUGAGUAAUGCGACACAGGGAGCGUCACCAUCACCUGGGCUGCCCUGAGUAACGCGACACAUGGACCGUCACCAACACGGCAGUACACGAGACUGUGUAUAAUAAAUCCUGUAAAUGUUU